CUAACGCAAGCUGCUACAGGUGAGCUCGGUUUCACGUACUGCGGAGCUCGAGUUGGAGAAGGUCAUCAGCUUUUAUUCUCCAACAGCAGCGGUACUAACAGCGUCUCGCUCGCUCGAGCCUGUCUCAGGCAACAAAAACAAAGAAAAAGCUUAAACAUGGUUCCACAACCACAAUAUUGACCCGUGAAGAAGACUGAAGGUGGCUGCUGUCACCCGCACACGCGGCUCAUCCCUUUCAGGGACAGAUUUUGGGGACAAGUUUUCACGGAGCUGAGUUUUUGGGGAGCAGCUUUGUUUGCGCUUUACCCUGGAUAUGUCUCCUUCGCGGGCAGUAUUAAUGGUGGGAGAAGGGAACUUCUCCUUUUCCGCCUCUGCCUGUCAGUUGUACUCCGGAUCAGAGACCACCGUAACGGCCACUUGCCUGCAGCAUCAGGAGGAGGCACUGCGGCACGAAGGCGCAGCUGACAACAUCCAGACCAUCAAGGACUCUGGAGGGACUGUGCUGUUUGAGGUGGAUUGCACAAAGCUGGGGGAAUGCGCCUCUCUGCAGGGCCAUCUGUUUGACCGUGUGGUGUUCAACUUCCCUCACUGUGGGCGAAAGAGUGGGGUUAAAAAGAACAGAGAACUUCUCAGAAACUUCUUCCUCAGUUGCGUUCAAGUGUUGGCUGAAGGUGGGGAGGUUCACGUCUCCUUGUGCAACGGACAAGGAGGGACACCAGCGGACCAGCCGAAACGAGAGUGGCACAACAGCUGGCAGGCGGUUGCCAUGGCAGCGGAGGCAGAUCUAAUUCUGAGUGCCAUACACCCUUUUGAAAGUGAUAAGCACCAGAGCUACAAGUGCACUGGAUACAGGAGCCAGGAUAAAGGCUUCCAUGUGGAGAAAGCUUUGGUCCACAUGUUUACUCGCAGCAUCCCCUACACCCCUGCUCAUUUGCUGAAGGUGGAGGAGGUCGUUGAAGGAGAGAAAGUCCAGUACGAAAUACCAGCAGAGCUCAGUGAUUACAUAUUCAGGAGAUUUCUCUGCUCAGAUUCUGUCCACCCUGUCAAGUUGGUGCAAGAUUUUCUUCUCGAAGGUCUGGCGAAGAAAUGGCCGGUCUCCAUGAUGACAGAGAACAUCCCCUUCCUCCUCACAGCAAAACAGCUGCAGACACACUGCUGUGGCAUCGAUAGCGCACAAUGCUACUGGAUCCACCUGCUUCAAAAAGACCUCACCUCUGCAGACAAAGAAAAUGAUCCGAGACCCACAGAAACUCUGCUGCCCACAUGUCUUACCUCAGAUAAAGGAGAUAGGGUGAGAAUCAAAGGAGUUGAGAGCUUCAGGUCAGCAUGCUCUCUUGACAUUGAUCCUGAAGGGGAAAGUGGUAUGCACAUGCUACGUCCAUCAUUGCUUCCUCAGAUGGAAGAGCUUCUAGCUAAAAAAGAGGCGAUAAUUAACGUCGAUGGUCAUGGUGACUGUGAGGGGAGUGAUGAAAGUGAAGGAAAUGAGAAGGAUGAGGCCUGUGGGAGCUGUAAUGGUGUUACCAGCUUGUUAUAUGGAAUUAGUGGUGUGGUUUUCAGAAAUGUACCCAUCGGCCUCUGGGCUAUGCCUGCCUUUCACGAGCUUCUCAUCCAAGGUGUUUUUCCUUCAGAAAGUGAGCCGGGUAAAUUGCUCGGAGAAAAGCUGGAAACGCUACUUGCUCCUUUUGGCGUCUCCAUAGUAACAGAACAGGGAGGUCUGCGUCUGAAAGCGCAGCCAGUGGGUUUGGUUGGUAAGGUGUUUGCAAGCGAUGUAAGUGACAACAACAAUCAUGUCCGCAUCACUGCAUCCCUAAAUUUGGACCUACUUGCCGUGCUCCUGUUCUCGCUCCCUGACUGGAGGCUGCUUUGGUCACAUGACCCACGUUUCUUAAAACAAUUUUCAUCCCACCCAUCGCCCGGGACUCCGUUUCAUCCUUUUUGCCUGUAUCCCGAACCUUUCACCUUCGACAUCAGCUUCUGGACUGGGCCUACGUGGGAGGAGAAGAAUUUCCACGCGGUGGUCCGAGAGGCUAGUUGUGGGACUGUGGAGCAAGUUAAACUCAUUGACAGGUUCUCACAUCCUGAUCUGAGCCAGACCAGUUACUGCUACAGACUCAUCUACCACUCACACACACAUGCUCUGUCACACACACGAGCACUCCAGUUUCACAAACACUUGGAGACUCUACUUUCCUCUCGAUUACAAGUCACCAUCAGGUAGCCAUCACUUGAAACUCAGAGAAGAACGGCGAUUUACACUCUUACCUUUAAGAGGCAUUAUCUGUUUAUAUCUGCAUAGAAAAUGAUAAAUGUGUAAUCUGCAGCUAAACAGUGUUUACAUUUGUUGAGGUGUUGUUUGCUCUAUUGUGUCUACAUUGUGAUUGUAAUUCUGUGUAUAUGUUUGUGCUUCAAGGAAACAAUAAAUCUGUUAUUUAAUGUAAAUUUUUGGCCUCUGGAGUUACUGUAAAAGAGUAAAAGGCACAUAUGGUGCACCACAUGGCAACAUCGUGACACUGACAUAAAGUAAACAAUUCUCAAUAAGAACAGACUGAG